AUGGCACUCGCAAAGCCUGUCCGCUCGGCUGUGCCCCUCGCCAACACAUUGCCCGAGGAGCGCCGCCGCUCCUCCGCCGACGAAAACGAUGCCCAACUCGUCGUGCUCACAGACAUUGACAAGACACAGGGUGAAUUCGACUAUUCCGAGGGAGGCCCGGCGGCGUGGGGCCUUCGCGGCUGGCUCCUGGCGUACCUCUCCAACAUCAUCCUGAGUGGCAGCUCUACCAAUGCCAUCGGCUGGAUCAUGGGGAUAUACGUCUUCGUCUCGUAUUUCUUUAGCGUGCAAAUCGGCCGCAUCUUCGACGCAAGAGGUCCGCGGGAACUCAUCUUCAUCGGCACCGUCUUCCUGAUAGUGGGCACGUUUACAUUGGCUCAGUGCACAGGUCAGUCCGGAUCGAUCCCGAGGUUGAAAGCCUUGCAGUCGCUUCUGCCGCGAGUGGGCUCGCCAUGGACCGUGCGCGUCAUCGGGGUUGUGUUGCUGCUGCUCUGCAUUGCCAGUCUUGUCCUGUGCAAAAGCCGACUCCCCCCCCGACACACCUCCCAGUUGUGGCGCCAGAUGCUGCCGAGCUGGCACAUCUUUCGAGACGGCACAGGCGCCAUGGCCUUUACUUCUGCCGGUGUCUUCUUCGUGGAAUGGGCCUAUUUUGUCCUAAUCACGUACAUCCCCAGCUACUAUCUCACUCGCCAGGGUCUGUCCGGUACCGAUGCCAUCGGCGGCGACGCGGCGUUUGCUUACCAGCUACUAUAG